AUGCUCUGUGAAAUCUUAUCCGAUCAAAAAUUUGUCCAUUCGGAAGGUAAGGAACUACUUGCUUAUGGAUUGGGAAACAUUUCCUCGUCAUUUUUUCAAUGUUAUCCAAGUUCAGGCUCAUUAAGUCGUUCAAUGGUACAAGGAGAAAGUGGUGGCAAAACAUCACUUAUUGGUGGUUUUUCUUCUGUAGUUUUAGCUGCCGUAAUUCUAGUGCUAUCACCUCUUCUGGAAUCUCUUCCUAUGCCGUGUUUAGCCGGUAUUAUCAUUGUCAAUCUCAAAGGGCUCCUGCUUAAAGUUACUGACUUUACUUAUUAUUAUCGUAUUAGUAUGAUGGAAGCCAUCCUUUGGUUUAUCACAUUUUUGACUGUCAUUUUAUCCGACGUUGAUAUGGGUGUUUAUGUGGGUAUAGCUACUUCGUUUCUCAUGAACACGAUUCGUACGCAAAGGCCACGCUUCGCUGUCCUCGGUCGAGUAGGUGAUACUAUACUCUAUAAAAAUAUAAAAGCGUUUCCAUCUGCUGAACAACAUCUCAAUAUCAAAAUUCUUCGUUUCGAUGGAUCUCUUUAUGCGUUACAAUUAAGCUAA